AACGCCGCCGCGCGCAUGCGCGCCCGCUCCGCCGGGGGCGCGCAGCGCCGAGCACCGGCCGCGCUGCUGCCCGGGGCGCCCCGCGGGGCCAUGGGCUCCGCGCACUGCGCGGCGCUGCCCGACGUGCGGGCCGCCGCGGCCAGGCUGCGCGGCCGGGUGCGCCGCACGCCCGUGGUGGCCAGCGGCGGCCUGAGCCGCCUGGCCGGCCGCAGGCUGCUCUUCAAGUGCGAGCUCUUCCAGAAGACCGGCUCCUUCAAGAUCCGCGGCGCCCUGAACGCAGUCAGGAGCCUGGUUGAGGAAGCCCAGCGCGCCGGAGCCGAGCCGCCGCGGGCCGUGGUGACGCACAGCAGCGGGAACCACGGCCAGGCGCUCGCCUGCGCCGCCCAGGCCGAAGGGAUUCCUGCCUACGUCGUGGUGCCCCGGACAGCGCCACGCUGCAAGAAAGCCGCCAUCCAGGCUUACGGCGCCACGCUGGUGCCAUGCGAGCCCAGCGACGAGUCUAGAGCCGAGACAGCGGCACGCGUAGUCGAGGAGACAGGCGGAGUCAUGGUGCACCCCAACCAGGAGCCAGCGGUGAUCGCGGGCCAGGGCACCAUCGCCCUGGAGGUGCUGGAGCAGGUGAGGGAAACCCUACGCCUCAGAGCUGGCCCGGGGCAGCAGUGUAAGGGCAUCCCUGCGGUGCCAAAAACGCUCAGACUUUCUCUACAGGUGCCCGAGGUAAACGCCCUGGUGGUUCCCGUCGGGGGCGGAGGAAUGAUUGCUGGAAUAGCAGUUGCUGUCAAGGCUUUGAGACCAGAUGUGAAGGUGUUUGCUGCUGAACCUUGCAAUGCGGAUGACUGUUACCAGUCCAAGCUGAGAGGGGAGCUGACCCCCAACCUGCACCCCCCGGACACCAUUGCAGAUGCGGUUAAAACCAGCAUUGGAGCAAACACAUGGCCCAUCAUUAGGGAUUUGGUUGAUGAUGUCCUGACAGUCUCGGAGCAAGAAAUCAAGCAAGCAACGCGGCUGGUGUGGGAACGGAUGAAGCUGCUCAUUGAGCCAACGGCGGGUGUGGGAGUUGCGGCCGUGCUCUCGGAGCGGUUCCAGGCAGUCUCCCGGGAUGUGCACAACGUUUGCGUCGUGCUGUGCGGGGGAAACGCGGACCUGAGCUCCCUGACCUGGCUCACAGACCUCCCUGGGAAAGCGGAGUGAGAACAGAGCAGUGUCUCAAGUGGCAGGAGCCCAACGCUGGAUUUGUACAGCCUGGUUUGUGCGCUGUUAAAACAGAUGAACAACC